AUGGCGUCGAGGGUUCGCCUGACCCUCCCCAACCCCGAGGCCGCGGAGCCAGAGCGGCCGCCGCCGGACCUAACCAACGACCUCCUCGAGGAGAUCUUCCUCCGCGUCGCCUCCCCUGCGGAUCUCGCCCGAGCCUCCACCGCUUGCGUCUCCUUCCGCCGCCUCAUCGCUGACCACUCCUUCCUCCGCCGGUACCGCUCCAUUCACCCGCCCCUACUCCUUGGCUUCGUCAGCUCCUCUGGCUUCCACCCUGUCAAGGCGCCCCAUCCCUCCGCUGCUGUCGCCCGGGCUGCUGAUUUUUCCUUCGACCACCUCACUCGCCCCACCACCGAAUGGCUCCGCUGGCGUCCGUGCGAUGUCCGCAACGGCCGUGUCCUCGUCGGGUGCCGUAGCAUUAAAGGCGCCGCCUACUGGGACCUCGCGGUGUGCGACCUGUUGUCCCGGCGAUACCUGCUGCUGCCUCCCAUAACCGACGACCUACUCGCCUCCGUCGAGCUCCAAAACCACAGCCAAUGUGCCUAUGACUGCUUCUAUUGGAAAUUAUACAACAUGAGCACGUCGAUCAAGUUCGACAUGAAUACUAUGCAGUUUUGCACUGUUGACCUCCCACCUGGCCAUGAUGAGCGGGAAAUCGUCAUGGUGGAGUCAGGGGAAAGCAAGGUUGCGAUGUUUAGUCUGAGUUAUAAAAGCACAUCUGUCGAUUAUUACACCUUUUCACAAAAUGGCAGUGAGAAGUCCCAGGAGUGGCAUAUGAUGAGUACCAUCCCCUUGCCUGCCCAUUAUACUAGUAAAUGCUACAUUGGUGGUCCAGCUGAAGGAUACAUUUUCAUAGAAUGCAUUCGAGAUGGAGAGAGUUCAACAUAUUCAACAGUUUUGUCACUUGAGAUUAAGUCUUUUAAUAUUGAGAGGGUCAGUAGGACAAGUUUUCCUGGCCGUGCCUAUCCAUAUUUUGGUUUCCCACCAUCUAUGUCACCAAGGAGGAUUUGA